AUGACCAAAGAAAAUGAACGUGCUGAGUUUUCUACUUUAAAUUAUAGAUUUAAAAGUUAUAUACUUAUACUUGCAGAAAUUCUAAAUUGCAGCAUGAAUCCAUGUUCAGAGGCUGCUCCACAGCAUGACAUUGAAGGAGAUGGACGCUGGAACAGCAUCCAUAACAGAUUUUUAUCUGAUGCAAAGGGAAAAGAAGCUGAUGUAGUCUUUAUAGGUGAUUCAAUAUUACAAGCUUUGGAACACACUGAAGUUUGGAACCAAUGGUUUGCUCCUCUCCAUUGUCUUAAUUUUAGUAUUCAUAGAGAUCAGACUCAAAAUGUUUUAUGGCGUAUUAAAAAUGGUGAACUUGAUCAUGUUGACCCAAAGGUAAUUGUGCUACAUGUUGGCACAAACAAUGUUGACAACUCCGCUGAACAAAUCUGUGAAGGUAUUCUUGAAAUAGUUAGAGCAAUUAGGGAAAAGCAUCCUAAUGCAUACAUAGUGUUACCUAGUCUGCUACCUCGCGGCCAACAUCCUAAUUGUUUAAGAGAAAAAAAUAGCAGGAUUAACCAACUUUUACGUGAAAAGGUUAUGAAUAUGAAUAAAGUUGAAAUGGUCUUCAUAGAUAAAGGGUUUAUCCAAAGUGAUGGCACUAUUAGUCAUCAUGAUAUGCAUGACUAUCUUAUACCUACAAAUACUGCUUGUCGAAAAGCAUUUGAGCCUAUUUAUGAUCUCCUACAACAAAUUUUGUCAGAGGGGGAACCGGAGAAAGAUUUAACACCCUCUGAA